CCUUGGCCGAAUCGCAUGGUUCACGAUAAUCACACGUACAUCGCCGAUUAGAGUUAGCCGGUUAUUAGGCAGUAGGUGGGUAGACGCAAGGAUAUCAUGGGUGCGUACACGACCCUCAACCCAGUUGUCAGCAAGUUCUUCUGCAGCUCUCUGCAGGCCGUGCUUCUGGUCCGGCGGCGUCCACCCACCGUGACUGGCGGCGGAUUCGUCGUCACCGACCGGGAGCAGAGGGUCGUCUUCAGCGUGGACGGCUGCGGGAUCAUCGGCGCCAGUGGGCAGCUUGUCGUCAGGGACGGCGAUGGCACGGCGAUCCUCUUCAUUUACAAGAAGGGAGGAGUUGUUCAAGCUUUGAGCGUGAACAACAGGUGGAGAGGGUACCUGAUGGACUAUGGUGAGCCGAGCAAGCCGGUGUUCACUUUACAAGAUCCUAAGGUGCUUCUCAGCUGCAUGCCGGGCGAUGUCCGGGUCACCGUGGAACCCAAGGGAAGGAAGCGGCAGUGGGACUACGAGGUGACCGGAUCCUUCCCCGAGAGAGCUUGCGCCGUCAAAAGCCGAGCAGGACACGUGGUGGCACAGAUUGGAAUGAAGGGGAUGAUGGCCGGCAGGGACUUCUACCAUGUGGUGGUGCAACCGGGCUAUGACCAAGCCUUUGUAAUUGGUGUGAUUGCCAUCCUUGACAACACGAAUGGAGAAUCCACAAGGUGUUAACCAUACAGAAUGGGAGUGGUUGGGGUGAUCGCAUUAGUCUCA